AUGACUCUUCUGGAGACGUAUCGUUCAAAGAUCAAGAAAAUGAAGUUCAACACUGAAGCUGAGAAGAUGUUUCUUUCGUUUGUGCAGACGCUUUUUCGAUUCCGUCAGCAUUAUUUGCGAUUUUACCCCCUCGAUAAAUUCAAGGAGAACAAUCAGCGUUUCCUGGAGAACUCCUAUGAUCUCCCUAAGCCUUGGAUUGAUAUGAUUGAUGAGCUCGUCGAUGGUCUGAGCGAAGUUCCUGAACCAUCCCAGAUACCAUUUUACCUUUUGCACGCCCUUGAUGUACCAGCA